GCGGCAGUUUAUAGUUUACAUCACAUUUGGCAUCAUGAUGCAAUAUAUCACAUCUGCAGAAAAGAUUCGUUUUUGCGACGAAGUCUCCAGCUGUCUUGCAUCUCAACAAACAAAUGAUGUAGAGGCGCCGCUUGUUUUGUCAAGGAAUACUCUGAACAAAGAUGGCAACUCUGGAUUUGUAGAUUACGAAUUAAUCAACGCUAAAAUCUUGGAACAAAUCACAGAAGCUGAGCAGCGAUUGGAUGUAAAACUAUCCCGACUAGAAGCUAAACUUGCCCAGUUAAAAGAUGGCAGCCUUCCUAGAAGCUGUCGGGAUAUUCAAACUUCAGGUCAAGAAUCUUCCAACGAAAAAGUUUAUAACAUUUCUCUUGCGGCAUUGCCUCGAAGCACUGAUGUCUCUUGUGAUCAAACCACAGACGGAGGCGGGUGGAUUGUAUUCCAACGAAGAGUAGAUGGCUCAGAAGAUUUUUAUCGGAAUUGGGAUGAUUACGUUGAAGGUUUUGGCAACAAAGACAAAGAAUUUUGGCUUGGUUUAGAAAAUAUUCAUAACAUUGUGAAACGCGGAAAUCAUGAGCUCAGAAUCGACAUGGAAGACUGGGAAGGCAACACAUCAUACGCAAAAUAUGGAUCAUUUUACGUCGGAGAUUCAUCCAACAACUAUCGCUUAACUAUCGGAGAAUAUAGUGGAAACGCAGGAGAUGCACUUGGUAAUUAUCAGCAUCAAAAUAUGCAGUUCACGACCAAAGAUGCUGAUCAUGACACACAUCAAUGGGGAAACUGUGCCCAACUGUAUCACGGAGCAUUUUGGUACGGAACGUGUCACAACGCAAACUUGAACGGACUCUACGUUCAAGGAGGACAAAGUUAUCAGCGAGCCGUUGCUACAAUAUGGCACCCAUGGAAAGGGCAUUUUUACUCCUUAAAAUCUGUAGAGAUGAAGAUGAGAGAAAAAAUUUGAGUCUGAAAUAUUAUUAUAUUUGAGAUAAUAUUUGCAAUAAAACUCAUUAUUGCAAAA